AUGGCUGCUAAAAUCACGCCUGAAAAUCCAGAUAUCCAAGUAAUAGAUGCGGAAGGAUUGUUUGUGAUGCCCGGUGGAAUUGAUCCUCACACUCACAUGCAGUUCCCAUUCAUGGGUACAGUUUCUAUGGACGACUUCUUCUCUGGCACACGGGCUGCUCUAGCUGGUGGAACAACAAUGAUAAUUGACUUUGUGGUCCCCACGAAGGACACCACUCCAAUUGCAGCAUACCGUCAAUGGAGAGAGUGGGCAGAUCCCAAG